AGUGUGACCAGCUAAAGUGAAAACCGGAAAAGUUGAAUCAUUAUUCGGAGUUUUAAUCAAAAAAAUCCAUAGACAAUAGAAGCUUUUCCAUAGACUCUAGCUAUUCUAGCGUGAAGUUGCCGACUAUGGUUUUUUAAAAUCCGAAUGACUUUCGUUGAUUCGUUCAUUUCAUUCAUUGAAGUAUAACCUAUACCGGCUGAAGGAUCACGUUUUGCGAUCCCGGUGAGAAAUUUCGAGAAGAAAAGGUUUGAAACCUUAUUUUUGUCGUAAUUUAUCAUUCCACAUCCCACAAAAUGCUGCGCCUACCUCGCGUUGCCCGCCAAUCCGUCGCGUUGCACAAAUCAGCAAGAUUUUACGCCAAAGAUGUGAGGUUCGGUGCUGAUGUAAGAGCCCUCAUGCUCCAGGGAGUGGACGUGCUCGCCGACGCCGUCGCCGUCACGAUGGGCCCCAAGGGUAGGAACGUCAUCCUGGAACAGUCGUGGGGAUCCCCCAAAAUCACCAAGGACGGUGUGACAGUCGCCAAGGGCGUCGAGCUCAAAGACAAGUUCCAGAACAUCGGCGCCAAGCUGGUGCAGAACGUGGCCAACAACACGAACGAGGAGGCGGGCGACGGCACCACCACCGCCACCGUGCUGGCGCGCGCCAUCGCCAAGGAGGGCUUCGAGAAGAUCUCCAAGGGGGCCAACCCCAUCGAGAUCCGCCGCGGGGUCAUGCUGGCCGUGGACGCCGUCAAGGACAAGCUCAAGAGCAUGUCCAAGCCGGUGACCACGCCCGAGGAGAUCGCGCAGGUGGCCACCAUCUCCGCCAACGGCGACACGGCCAUCGGCUCGCUCAUCGCCGACGCCAUGAAGAAGGUGGGCCGCGACGGCGUCAUCACGGUCAAGGACGGCAAGACGCUCAACGACGAGCUCGACGUCAUCGAGGGCAUGAAGUUCGACCGCGGGUACAUCUCCCCCUACUUCAUCAACUCGUCCAAGGGCGCCAAGGUCGAGUUCCAGGACGCCCUCGUCCUGUUCUCCGAGAAGAAGAUCAGCAACAUCCAGUCCGUCAUUCCCGCGCUCGAGAUGGCCAACCAGCAGAGGAAGCCGCUCGUCAUCAUCGCUGAGGACGUCGACGGUGAGGCGCUCUCCACCCUGGUGGUCAACAGGCUGAAGAUCGGCCUCCAGGUCGCAGCCGUCAAGGCCCCAGGCUUCGGAGACAACCGUAAGGCAACCAUGAGUGACAUGGCUAUUGCCACUGGUGGAGUGGUCUUUGGAGAUGAUGCUAACCUCAUCAAGAUGGAGGACAUCCAGCUCUCAGACUUUGGCCAGGUUGGAGAGGUUGUGAUCACCAAAGACGACACCCUGCUGCUGAAGGGAAAGGGCAAGAAGUCUGACGUCGACCGCCGCGCCGAGCAGAUCAGGGACCAGAUCCAAGAGACCAACUCGGAGUACGAGAAGGAGAAGCUGCAGGAGCGGCUGGCGCGCCUCGCGUCCGGCGUGGCCGUGCUGCACGUGGGCGGCUCCAGCGAGGUCGAGGUCAACGAGAAGAAGGACCGCGUCAACGACGCCCUGAACGCGACCCGCGCUGCCGUCGAGGAGGGCAUCGUCCCCGGAGGUGGCUCCGCCCUGCUCAGGUGUAUCCCCAUGCUCAGCGAGCUGAAGACGGCCAACGCCGACCAAGCGACCGGCGUGGAGAUCAUCAAGAAGGCGCUGCGCAUGCCAUGCAUGACCAUCGCGCGCAACGCCGGCAUCGACGGCUCAGUAGUUGUCGCGAAGGUGGAGGACCUCGGCCCCGAGUUCGGGUACGACGCGCUCAACAACGAAUACGUGAACAUGAUCGAGAAGGGCAUCAUCGACCCCACCAAGGUAGUCCGCACCGCGCUAACAGACGCGAGUGGAGUCGCCUCGCUGCUCACCACCGCCGAGGCCGUCAUCUGUGACAUCCCUGCCGAGAAGGAGGCCAACCCCAUGGCCGGCAUGGGCGGUAUGGGAGGCAUGGGCGGCAUGGGAGGCAUGGGCGGGAUGAUGUAAGACUAUAAGGAUUAGUGUAAAGUCGCAUUUAUUGUGUAAAAGAACAUUUCAGUAGUCACACAACUGUUAAAAGGGUACUGCAAUGAGUGUCUGGGCCGCGUGAAUGAAUAUCCAGUAGAUUUUUAUUUUCUAUGAGAGUUUGAUUGUGUUAAUGUAGUCGGGCAAUUUGUUUUGCCUGUUAGAAUUAUUUAGUUUUAUAUAAUAUUGCUUGAAUUUUAGCAAGCUAAGUGUUAUUAUUAAAUAAAUUUAAUGUUUUCUAAA